CCUCUCUUCUCCAAAUCAUAGCUCAAAAUAAUGAACAAUAGAACACACCUUUCAUGAAAAAUGGAUUUGUUACAGAGGGCAAAGGUGUUUCGGCUAAAAUGCAGCCACCACAGCAAGUACUUGGUAGCCGAUGAAGACGAGGAACAAGUCAGACAAAGCCGUGAUAAGUCCUCGAGCAAAGCCCGUUGGGUUUAUGAGCUUGUUGAAGGGAAGAAAAAUGUGAUCCGCAUCAGAAGCGGCUGGAGCUACAGGUACUUAACCGCGUCUGACGACCCGUUUCUGCUAGGAAUGACAGGAAAAAAGGUUUUACAGACAAUCAGCCACGGUCCCAUUAUAGAGUGGGAGCCAAUCAAAGAAGGGCCUUAUAUCAAACUGAAAAGCCAUAAAGGGAGUUAUCUAAGGGCUAACCCAAGGGUACCUCCCUGGAGGAAUUCUGUAACCCAUGAUGAACCCGGAAAUUGGGCUGUCACUGAUAACAUGAUCCUGUGGAUUGUCGAUAUUGUUGAGAUCGAUUAUCAGUUUUCGGGAGUGGCUGAUGAUGGUUCUACUGAAUUAAUGGAGGACAAUAGGGAAAGCAAUGUUUCUUCCGUGUCGAGUGAUAUAGGAGAUCAUAAAUCUAUGUAUUCUGGCUUGGAAGAUGAACUUAAUGACACCAAAGGCACAGGAGCAACUUCAGCUAAAUCUAACUCGGAACACAUUCAUCAAGUAGAAGUCGAAAUGGCUAAGAAAACCCUCAAAGAGCUAAAAGAUCUGGAUUUCCAUACCAUCCUAACUUCACAAAGGGGAGAAAAGCUGGAAAAGGUCGUAAAGGUGCUUAUUGCUGAUGCAAAAUCCCAAGGCAGAAUCCCUGGUGACCUAAUCAAUUUACAAGGGCAACUUAAGGUGAUGCAGAAUGAACAUGUUUCAGGCGAGUUACAAACUGCAAGAAAUGCAAAAGAGGAAUUGGUGAAGCAACUUGAAGAAGUUGAAAAUAUCAUUACGGACUUGGAGAAAGCCCAAGCUGACAAUUUGGCUGAUGCUGAAGAGCUGAUAUCGAGAAUGGGACAGAAAAGCCAGAAACUCGAGGAGAUGAAAAACGAGGAAGGAGCUUGGCAAGUGAGGAGAACUGAGGCCAACAGAAUGCUGGAAAGAGUUGAGGAAGAUUGGGUGAAGAUUAAAACAAUGUUUCUUGCUGACUGA